CAAGUUUCACCACGGAAGCUGAGUUGAGAAAUGUUGCGUUAGAGUUUCAAAGUAUGAUCGUUUAUAAUCGGAAAGCUAAGGGUUUCGAACGAAGAGGUACAUUUUAACAACUUCUGAUUAAACUGGUGGAAAUCACGGAGGGGUAAAUAUGAUGCAUAACUGAUUGGCCACAGAUGACAACAGUGCUGGUAUGAUUGGUUGCUACAGAUAAGAUCCCACUAUGAAGUGUCUGCUGAUAGCCAGCGAGAGCGCUGAGGUCCUCUUCUAUUGGACAGACCCAGAGUUUGAACUCAACAUCCAGGAGCAGUAUGGAGCAUCACAGGAAGAGGGGGAGAAGCCACCAGCAUUUGAGGACAGCAUCAACACUCUGUUUGCCCCCAUCAUCAUCUCCUGCAGUACCAUGGUGGACAGACUGGGAGACAGCUAUACAUCCUUUAGUACUGAGAACAACCACACCUAUGUGCUACAUCAGUUUGAGGAGUGUCUGUACAUCGCUGUGAACGGAGACCAAGAAGAGGGCGAGGAGGAUCUGAAGAGGAAGAUUUACGUGAUGAAGAAGAUGAUUGAGGUCCAAUUCGGCAUGGUUACCCUCAGCAGCACCCUGAUCAGGAAAGAGCUGCGUCCUCAGGACACAGAGCAGAGGACCAAUCUAUGGAAAUAUCUACAGAGCCUCCUGGAGACCUACAGCCGCCUUCGAGAGCAGGACCAGAGCUUUUUAGUAGAGGCAGUAGAGAGGUUGAUCCAUCCUACUCUAUGUGAACAAUGUAUAGAGUUUCUGGAGCGUCGCUUGGUGCAGCAGAUCAACAGUAGUGUGGAGAGAGCAGGAGAGGAGGUCCUCCAUGCAUUCAUACUGGUGCACACCAAACUACUAGCCUUCUAUUCCAGUCGUAACGCUAGUACCCUCACCUCGUCUGACCUGCUUGCUCUUAUCGUCAUGGUGCAGAACAUGUAUCCUAGCAACAUCGACCUGGAGGAUACUGCCCCCGAGGAUGUGGAGAACACCUCAGCCCCAGAUAUAUUCUACACUCCAGAGCCUUCUCCUACUAAUAGGGACUCAGGGACUGACAGGGACUCCGUUAAUUCAGGCAUGCAUGAGGAGAGCAGGCAUGAAGAGAGCUGUCAUGUGGGCAGCGGUACUCCUGUGUUCCAGUUUUUGGAUCCAGACAUUCAGAUGGCGGAGGACAGUCUCCGGACCCUGGAAGCUCCUCCCCCUGACCCCUCGAACCCUAGCAGAGUCUUCCUAGAGGUCACGCUGAAGGAGGGCUGCUAUCCCAUGAUGCCUCACUCCAUGUACUGUCUGCCACUCUGGCCGGGCAUCACUCUGGUGCUGCUCACUAAGAUACCUAACAGUAACCUGGCCAUGUCAGUCUAUGUGUUCCUAGAGGCAUUUGCUAAGUUGGAGAAGCGUCUGAGUGAAGGUCUGGAGGGGUCAGCGGCCCGCGGCCAGACGUCCAUACAGGACCUCCGCAACAAACUGGACAAGUUCAUUAGGGCAUUAGGAACCUCAGACAUACAGACGUCCCAGCUACAGAGUGUAUGGACAGAGUUUAAGAGCCGGGCAUUCACCAGAGGAGGACCUGGCUUCAGCAGGGACCUGGUGCCCUGGUGUCGUACUAUGAAGAGCCAGCUGUGUGGAGUCUACAGACAGUGUUUCAUCACAGAGAACACAGUUGGAGGAGGGAGUCCACAGCGUCUAUCACCCAGUCUACAGGACAGAGCUCUCACCAUGGUGCAGGAGAAGUUGAUGGAUUGGAAAGACUUCCUGUUGGUGAAGAGUAAGAGAAACAUCACCAUGGUGUCGUACCUUGAGGAGUUCCCGGGCCUGAUCCAUUUCAUCUACGUCGACCGCACCGCUGGUCAGAUGAUCGCUCCUUCUCUCAACAUCACGGACCGUGCAACCUCUGAGCUAGGAAAGGGGCCACUGGCUCACUUCAUAAAGGGCAAGGUAUGGGAUCUGGUUAAUACAUCGAGGAUUUACCUACAGAAGGGUUAUUCCACUGUCACUCUGAGAGAUGGAGACUACUUCUUCUGCUACUUCCUCUGGUUCGAAAACGAAACGGGCUACAAACUGGAAGUAAAGGACCUGCCAAUCCUGCCCAACGACUCCGCCCCCAUCGGAAUGCUGGCCUGGGACUACUACAGGAAGCUGUUGCGCUACUACAGUAAGAGCCACCAGGGGGAGGUGGUGAAGUGUUAUGAGCUGCUGACAGUCCAUCUAGGAGUCAUCCCUACAGAGUACAUACUACAACACUGUAGUCAACUAGCACGCAAACUCUGGGAGCCCUCACGUAUACCUCUACUGUAGGAGACACACACACACAUAUAGAUCACUGAUUGUACAAAACAUUAUGUACACCUGCUCUUUCUAUGACAUUAACUGACCAGGUGAAUCUAGGUGAAAGCUAUGACCCCUUAUUGAUGUCACUUAUUAAAUCCACUUCAAUCAGUGCAGAUAAAGGAGAGGAGACAGGUUAAAGAAUGAUUUUUAAGCCUUGAGACAAUUGAGACAUGGAUUGUGUAUGUGUGCCAUUCAGAUAGUGAAUGGGCAAGACAAAAAAUGUAAGUGCCUUUGAACAGGGUAUGUUAGUAGGUGCCAAGCGCACCGGUUUGUGUCAAGAACUGCAACGCUGCUGGGUUUUUCACACUCAACAGUUUCCUGUGUGUAUCAAGAAUGGUCCACCACACAAAGGAUAUCCAGCCAACUUGACACAUUGGAGUCAGAAUGGGCCAGCAUCCCUGUGGAACGCUUUCGACACCUUGUAGAGUCCAUUCUCCCGAAGAAUUAAGACUGUUCUGAGGGAAAAAGCGGAGGGGGAUUCAACUCAAUAUUAGUUCUUAAUGUUUUGUACAUUCAGUGUAUACACACAGCAUUACCACGGUAAUACACACACAAACACACCAGGGAAGGCUGGUGGGAGGAGCUAUGGCUGAUGAUUGCAAUGGCUAAAAGGGAAUAAAUGGAACGGUAUCAAACAUAUGGAAACCGAUCCAUUAAUUCCAUUCCAGGCAUUACAAUGAGCGUGUCCUCCUAUAGCUCCUCCCACCAGCCUCCACUGACACACACAUUCGUGACCAUGAAACAUGGUGCUACACAAUCAACCCUGCUGAAACGUGUGGGCAUCAGUCCCAAUAAAGGAUGUUUACAGGUGACAGUUUGUUCCACAAUAACAGUGUGUAUUCUAUAUUCCAAAUCAUCCUAAUCUGCAAGUCACUGGAAUGACAUAGCCAAGUGAUUGACCUUUAGCACUGAUAAAUAUUGUUUAUGACUAGCACUUGUCCUGCUGCUUUUAUGAUACAAUACAUCAUUGUUGUCAUCACUGGCUUUUCUCUGAAACCUCAAAAAUACAUUAUCCUUUCAUG